GGAGAGCGCUCUUUCAGCCGCCGGGGCCAGGUGGGACUUGUCCGCCCCGCCCUCUCCCCGGCCCGGCGAGGAUGGGGGACAACAGCAGCCCCAUCAGCGUCAUCCUGGUCAGCUCGGGGAGCAGGGGCAACAAGCUGCUCUUCAGAUACCCCUUCCAGCGGCCGCAGGAGCACCCCGCCGCCCAGCCCAGCCAGCCGAGGAGCCGAUACGCCGUGAACAGCAGCGGGGAUGUCUCCGAGGACCAGGACGGGGACUCCAGUGAACAAUGCCCCGUAACUGAUGAGCAAUUGGUGUCAGGAUUUUCCGACGUCAUCCUGGCCACCAUCUUGGCCACCAAGGCCGACGUGUGCGGGCAGAAGUUCGAGCUGAAGAUCGACAACGUGCGUUUUGUGGGUCACCCGACUCUGCUACAGCACGGCCUGGGCCAGGUCUCCAAGACGGACCCGUCUCCAAAGAGAGAGAUCCCCACCAUGAUCCUGUUCAACGUGGUGUUUGCCUUGCGGGCCAACGCGGACCCGUCGGUGAUCAGCUGCCUUCACAACCUGUCUCGGCGCAUCGCCAUAGUGCUGCAGCACGAGGAGCGGCGCUGCCAGUACCUCAGCAGGGAGGCCAAGCUGAUCCUGGCCAUCCAGGAUGAGGUGUCCGCCAUGGCGGAAACAGGUGAAGGGCCCCAGUCCCCGUUCCGUCACAUCCUGCCCAAGUGCAAGCUGGCCCGGGACCUCAAAGAGGCCUAUGACAGCCUGUGCAGUACCGGAGUGGUCCGGCUUCACAUCAACAGUUGGCUGGAGGUCAGCUUCUGUCUCCCGCACAAGAUCCACUAUGUGGCCGCCAACUCCAUCCCUCCCGAGGCCAUCGAGAAGAGCCUGAAGGCCAUCCGACCAUACCACGCGCUGCUGCUGCUGAGCGACGAGGCAUCUCUGCUGGGCGAGCUCCCAGUGGACUGCUCCCCGGCCCUCGUCCGCGUCGUCAAGACGGCCUCGGCCGUGAAGAACCUGCAGCAGCUGGCCCAGGAUGCGGACCUGGCUCUGCUCCAGGUCUUCCAGCUGGCUGCGCACUUGGUGUACUGGGGGAAGGCGAUCAUCAUCUACCCGCUGUGUGAGAACAACGUGUACAGGCUGUCUCCCCAUGCCAGCGUCUGCCUGUACUCCCCUCUGGCCCGACAGUUUUCCAGCCGGUUCCCUGGCCACGAUCUGCCGUCCGUCCUGGCCAAGUUCUCCCUGCCAGUGUCGCUGUCAGAAUUCAAGAACCCGCUGGCACCCCCGGUGCAGGAGACGCAGCUGAUCCAGAUGGUGGUGUGGAUGCUUCAGCGCCGUCUGCUGGUCCAGCUGCACACCUACGUGUGCCUCAUGGUGCCCCCCGCCGAGGAGCCGCCGCCCCCACCCAGGGCCCGCGAUGACGACGUCCCUUUCUCCGCCCGUGGAGGCGGCGGCGGCCGCAGCCUCAGCACCCCCAACGCCCUCAGCUUCGGCUCCCCAACCAGCAGCGACGACAUGACCCUGACCAGCCCCAGCGUGGAGAACUCGAGCGCCGAGCUGAUCCCCAGCGGGGACUCCCCGCUCAACCGACGGAUGACCGAGAGCCUGCUGGCCAGCCUGGCCGAGCACGAGCGCGAGGCCAUCCUCAGUGUGCCCGCCGCCCAGAACCCCGAGGACCUGCGCAUGUUUGCCAGGCUCCUGCAUUACUUCCGUGGCCGCCACCAUCUGGAGGAGAUCAUGUACAACGAGAACGCCCGCCGCUCCCAGCUGCUCACGCUCUUCGACAAGUUCCGCAGCGUCCUGGUGGUCACCACCCACGAGGACCCCGUCAUUGCCGUCUUCCAGGCCCUGCCCAAGUGAGUUGCCCGCCCUGGACCGGCCAGCCGGGGGGCUGAGCCCGGGACCCCCGGCCACAUGGAGCCCAGGGGCACCUGGAGCCAGGAGCCCCCCGGACCUGGGCCGCCUCUGCCCGUUGACCCGUUCCCUCCCCGGCUGGCAUGGGCUUCAGAUGGACCCACCGGCCCCAGCCCUCCGUGGCCUGUCGUCGGUCACCGGCCACUGGUCGCUGUCCUCUUCACAGACUGCCCCUUUCAGGGGCGUGUCCCGGGAUCCCCAACCCUCUCGGCUCCACCGUCACCACGCAAACUGGGCCCGGGCUUCCCCGGGCUGAGGUGCGGAAUCCCCUCUCUACCUGCCUCCAGGAGGCAGGGGGUCAAAGUCAGGGUGCCCCCACCUCGCUACAGGGACUGAGUCCCAGGACUUGGGGGUGGGUGAGGGCGAGAAGCUCGCUCGGACCCCCACACAGCUUCAGGGGGCACCGGGUAUCCGCCAAGACAGCCAGGUGCUGGGAACCCGGAUGGGAAGGAGGCACCUGGGGAGGGUUGGGCUGAGCUCCGUCAACACCAGAAGGCAAAGGGGAUGGAGGGGAGAAAAGAGGGGUGGCUGCUCUCUGAAGAGAGGGGCCUGGGGGUGUCACAGCAGCCCGAGUCCCCCCCGGGAGGAGAGGACACCCCUUCCUGCCCCCACCUGCAUCCCAGAGGCCCCCGCUCCAUGACUGCAUAGGCCCAUUACCCGCAUGCCUGGGGAGCUGGGGCCUCCUGCCUCUCCUCCUCCCCCCAGUCAGUGAGGGCACACCUUGGACUGGGGUCCACCAGGCAGUGAAGCCAGCCUGGCUUAGCUGGACGGUCACUGCCGCCCUCACCAGUGGCCGGGUGACCCACCCCAGAGCUGGUCGCAGUGCCCUGCCUCCUGUCCCAAACCAGCCAGAGGACGGGGUGGGAGGCAGGGACACCAUGGGCUCCCAGAAUUCCUGGUGGGGUAGGCCUGAGGACUGACCUUUUUCCAAGAUCCCCCACCUACUGUUGAAUAAAGGACUCUAAGCUCCUUGAAGGCAGGGAACGUGUCUACCAA